AAUAAGUACCUACGCCGCAUAUUCAUAACUAAGUGACACGACGUUACGCCGCUGUUCGCUGGUAUAAUUUUAUUUGUGAUGUGCGCAGUCCCCGAUCCCGCCAGAAUAGCGAUAUCUGCACCAAUCCAACUCGACUUUUAUAAAUAGGCAACGACAACAGAAAGGAAGUCAUUUAAAUUUGUUUAGUUUUGCCGGCGUAGUAACAGCUGUGAAAUAUCGUUUUGUUAACUGUAAAUUUAGAGAUUAAAAAUGCCGAUUGAUUGUUAUUACUUACCUGCAAGCGCCCCAUGCCGCGCGGUGUUGCUUACUGCAAAAGCUAUUGGAGUUGAGCUUAACCUAAAACGGAUAGACCUGAUGAAGGGGGAGCAUUUAACUCCUGAAUUUUUGAAGAUUAAUCCACAACACACUGUUCCUACGAUCGUCGACAAUGGGUUCGCCUUAUGCGAAAGUCGAGCCAUUAUGACCUACUUGGUUUCCAAAUAUGGAAAGGAUGAUUCCUUAUAUCCGAAAGAUCCACAAGUAAGGGCAACAAUUGAUCAAAGACUUUACUUCGAUGUAUCAACCUUGUACACUCGUUUUGGAGAAUAUUACUAUCCAGUUAUCUUUGCUGGAAAAUCCUUCGAUCCUGCCAUGCUGAGCAAACUUCAAGACGCUGUUAAAUUUUUGGAUGUGUUUCUGGAAGGUCACGAAUAUGCGAUUGGUGAUAAGUUGACACUUGCGGAUCUUAGCCUGGUGACAACAGUUUCGACACUUCACGCCAUGGAAUUUGAUUUGUCAGGCUGUAAGAAUGUAUUACGCUGGUAUGAAAAGGUUAAAGCCACUGUGCCAGGGUAUGAGGAAAUUGAUGGAAAGAAUGCGGUUGCCUUCAAGCAAUGGGCAGAUACCUUGAUAAAGAAGUAACUUUGCUGCAAGUAAAUACUUGUAUUAGCUACAACAUUUUAUCGCACAUUAAAUACAUGUUUCCUAAUUA